GACGCGCAAUGUCAACAGCCGCUGCCCCGCAGGAGUCUCAUGUGCAGCUAACGUCGGGCUAGUGCCUCCCCUGCUCAGUGCGGUCUAUGUAUCCUGGAGGCUGUUUUAAUGAAAACCACCCCAGCCAAAAGUGACAGUGAAAAGCCAUUAACCACCCGCCGUCGCCCAGCCGUCCAGAUCCACCACUAUCACAACCAGUACCCCCACCAGUACCACCACCCCAGCCUUCUGCUUAGCCCUAAUUACAACCCCUUAAUAACCACCUGCUCUAUGGACCGCAGAGUCUCUGCUCUAUCCACCAAACGCUGCCAUGGGACACAUGAUGAAUGACAAGCUGGUCUUCCUGGGCCUGCUGUACUUUGUUCAGGGCAUCCCCUAUGGGCUCCAAUCGUCUCUGCUCCCGGUCUACCUGCGGGGGGCCGGCCACUCCCUGACCCGCAUCGGCUUCACCAAGAUCCUCUACUUCCCCUGGGUGCUGAAGGUCCUCUGGGCGCCCCUGAUAGACCGCAUCGGCUCCAAGCGGCGCUGGCUGGUCGGCACGGUCUCCGGGCUGGCGCUGACCUGCGUCUCCAGCGCCCUGCUGGCCCCGGAGUCCCACAUCUGGGCGGUGGCGGGGACGCUGCUGGUCAUGAACGCCCUGGCGUCGGUGCAGGACAUAGCGGUGGACGGGGCGGCGGUGGGCCUCCUGAAGAGCCGCGGCGAGCUGGGGCUGGGGAACACGGCCCAGGUGGUGGGCUACAAGGCCGGCUCGGUGUUUGCCGGCGGCGGACUGCUGGCCGUGAUCGACGUGGCCGGCUGGAGCUGGAUGUUCCUGCUGCUGACGUUCGUGUACGCCGGCGUGGCCCUGUUCGUGUGGGGCGCGCCCGUGCUGGACGAGGACUCGCUGAGGUGCCAGCAGCAGACUGACGGGGGCCGGAGAGGAGGGAGCCAGGGGGCAGACAUCGUCAGGCCCUGGAGGGUGUGGAGGAAGAUGCUGGCAGUGCCCGGCACCCCCUGGACGGUGUUGUAUGUGCUGACGUAUAAACUAGGCGAGCAGGGGGCCGUCACCAUGUUCCCUCUGUUCCUGCUGGACCACCACAUGACGGCCAGGGAGCUGGGCUUCUGGAACGGCGUCAUCGCCAUGGCCUUCUCCAUCUGCGGCUCCUCCCUCGGAGGCGUGCUGCUCGCACAGUGCAGCAUCGGAACUCUGAUGCGGCGGGUGUUUGUGAUGCGGACCGUCAGCAUGGUGUUCCAGAGCUCCCUGCUCACCAUCCUGGACCCCUCCCCGCUCAUGAAAGGCAUGGCGGUGCUCAGCAUGAGCGUUCAACACUUCCUGGGUGGCCUAAUCACCACGCUCACCUUCACCACCAUGAUGCACUGCACCCAGAGAGCUGACGAGAGCGUGCAGGUGAGCCUGGCUGGGAUCACUCACACCCGCCUCCCGGGGUUAUGGCCUCGUCAUGACUUUGUGUAGAGAUUGAAGUCAAGUGUGGUUUGAAUGAAUCCGGGGAUAUGGCAGCCUCCGUUAGAAUGAGCAAACAAAGAAAUGAACUAAUCAAUGUCUAUAAUGUGAGGAAGUUGGU